ACGGCGGGCGGCGGGAGGCGGCGGCGGCAGCAAUAGCAGGAGCAGCAACAGAAGGCGUCGGAGCGGGCGUCGGAGCUGCCCGCUGGGGAGAGAGAGAGCGCGCAGAGAAAGAAAGAGAGCGAGCGAGGAGAGGGAGCCCAAGGCGAAAAAGUAACUGUCAAAUGCGCGGCUCCUUUAACCGGCGCGCUCAGUCCGGCUCCGAGAGUCAUGGCGACCGCAGCGUCUAACCACUACAGCCUGCUCACCUCCAGCGCCUCCAUCGUGCACGCCGAGCCGCCAGGAGGCAUGCAGCAGGGAGCAGGGGGGUACCGCGAGGCACAGAGCCUGGUGCAGGGCGACUACGGCGCGCUGCAGAGCAACGGGCACCCGCUCAGCCACGCUCACCAGUGGAUCACCGCGCUGUCCCACGACCACCCGGGGCCGGGGGCCUGGCGGAGCGCGGCGGCCGCAGCGCACCUCCCGCCCUCCAUGGGCGCGUCCAACGGCGGCUUGCUCUACUCGCAGCCCAGCUUCACGGUGAACGGCAUGCUGGGCGCCGGCGGGCAGCCGGCAGGGCUGCACCACCACGGCCUGCGGGACGCGCACGACGAGCCACACCACGCCGACCAUCACCCGCACCCGCACUCGCACCCUCACCAGCAGCCGCCGCCGCCGCCUCCCCCGCAGGGCCCGCCUGGCCACCCCGGCGCGCACCACGACCCGCACUCGGACGAGGACACGCCGACCUCGGACGACCUGGAGCAGUUCGCCAAGCAGUUCAAGCAACGCCGGAUCAAACUGGGAUUUACCCAAGCGGACGUGGGCCUGGCGCUGGGCACCCUGUACGGCAACGUGUUCUCGCAGACCACCAUCUGCAGGUUUGAGGCCCUGCAGCUGAGCUUCAAGAACAUGUGCAAACUGAAGCCUUUGUUGAACAAGUGGUUGGAGGAAGCGGACUCGUCCUCGGGCAGCCCCACCAGCAUAGACAAGAUCGCAGCGCAGGGGCGCAAGCGGAAAAAGCGGACCUCCAUCGAGGUGAGCGUCAAGGGGGCUCUGGAGAGCCAUUUCCUCAAAUGCCCCAAGCCCUCGGCCCAGGAGAUCACCUCCCUGGCGGACAGCUUACAGCUGGAGAAGGAGGUGGUGAGAGUUUGGUUUUGUAACAGGAGACAGAAAGAGAAAAGGAUGACCCCUCCUGGAGGGACUCUGCCGGGCGCCGAGGAUGUGUACGGGGGGAGUAGGGACACGCCACCACACCACGGGGUGCAGACGCCCGUCCAGUGAACUCCAGCGUGGGGGAGGGGCAGAGCGCGGGGCUCCCCUCCCCUCCCGCCCACGGCCCCUUCUUGGCCCCCCUGUUCCCUCUCUAACUUCUGAUUGUUCUUUUAUUUUUAAUAAUUAUUUCCCCGCCCCUUAAAAAGAAAAAAACAAAUAAGGAAAAAAAGGAGAGCAGCUAAGGCACCGGACUAUCCUUUAAGCGGUAGCAGGUGUUAUAUGUGUUGACCUUUACAGGCGAGUACCCGGGCGGCGAAGGAGCAGUGUCUCAGAGUGACAAGAGAGCGUGAGUGAGUUAGUUAGAUGGCAAGCCAAGAGGAAUACCUGGCCAAACGAAACAAAUGACCAAAAAGAAGGGGGGUGGGGGGAUAUCCACCAAACCUUAAUAAACACAAAACGCAGCUUCCCGGUGCUCCAGUUGGCACACACUGCCGUGUUUAUUCAAUGCGGAUCCCCAUCAGGAAAGAGGGAAAAUGCACAGGCUGAUGUAGGCAAAAUUUAACUACAUAAAUUUGCACUGCAAGAAAAUUGAAGUUUACAUGUACAAAUUCACGGACUCCCCCCCCCCUCUCCCUACAGUUUAAUUUUGAAAUGACUUUGUUGUUGUUUGAUUCCGUGGACAGAGUUGGGCCGCUCUUGGCUGCUGCCUGUGCCUCCUGUUCUUGUACUGCCCCUUGUUCUUACUGUUGACGAACUUUGGUUGCCUUCAGAAUCCCCCCUCCUCUUUACACUGGUGUAACCAUUUAUUUGCUCCUUUUACCAAAGCAAAAAAAUCAAAACACAAAAGAACAAAACGAUUGGCUUCAUGCAAAAUAAAUAAUUUUCUGCUUUCAAGAAAUGUGCUUGUCUACCGCUUUUUCUGAGGCAAGAGUCCAGUUUGGAAUAUGAAAAUGAGUCAGGCAUUGUUUGUUAUCAGCCACAAAGUAAACUUCAUUUUCAGGCAGUGUUUUGG